UUUUUGGUUUGUCUUGUGUGUGUUGUCGGACUUUUGUAGUCAAGAAUAUUUUCUCAUAAAAAUGACUCUUUUUCAUUUCGGAAACUGCUUUGCCCUUGCGUAUUUGCCUCAUCUGCUCAUCUACAAGUGCUCUGGUCUAUCUGAAUACAGUGCUUUUUGGAAAUGUGUUCAAGCUGGCGUUGCAUAUUUGUUCACACAACUUUGUAAAAUGCUUAUAGUAGCAACAUUCUUUCCAGCCACUGAGGUAUCAAGUACUCACUUAGAUGUAGUUGGGGAAGUAAUGAAGUGUACAGUUGAUUUUGGAGACCUUGUAGGAAUCUACUUUAUAAUGACAAACAUACCAGGAAGAGGGGACAUGAAGUUCAUGGUAGCUGGGCUAGGCUGGGCCACCGCUGAACUACUGUCAACACGGUUCCUACCUCUAUGGGUGGGUGCCCGUGGGACAGAAUUUGACUGGAAGUAUAUUCAAAUGAGCUUUGAUUCAAAUAUUAAUCUGAUUCAACACAUUUCAACUGCUAUUUUAGUUUGGCUUUGGAGUCGUAGUGACCUUAAUAAGUCUGUACGACCGGCGGUACUGACUCUACUCUGCAUUAUCUGCUAUAAACCAGUAAUUAUAGAAGUUCUUGUAUUUGCCACUGGUCUUGGCUCCUGGUCAUUGCUGCUGAUCAAGGCCAUUUUUACCUUAUGCAUGGGACUAGUGACAAUGAAAUUUUACAUUGGACUUACCCACAGUUCUGUCAACUCUCAACACUAGGUUUAUUGCAGCAAACACCGAAUAUACAGUAGAGCUACAAAAGCACUGAUCUAUGUUGGGAGUUACUACAUGGCAGAGCUAACAGUUGAAUUGUACAUGUACAGUAUUCUUGUUGACAUACGAAAGGGCCACUGAUUAAUCUCAGAUAAGAAAGUACAGUAUAAUACAUACUCCCAAGUAUUGAAAUGCACGCCAUCGUGUUGGGAUUCAAUAUUUCGACAUUAUGUCAUCAUCAGAAACUUUAUAGCAAGUAAGCUGAUACAGCAUUUGUAACGGUCUUGAUCAUUAAAUUUUAACUGUUUUUUUAUACUAUAUUUAUAGAGGGUGACCCUACCUGCUUUUACAGCUUAGCUGAUUUUCAGGGCCCUCUUCAGUAAAUGAAACCGAGAUAGCAUGAUAAAUCAUUUUGAGGCUUAGGUAGUGGAGAUGUUUUUACUCAUGACAUUUGAACCCAGAACCUUCCCCCUUGACAUUGAACGGCAAGCAUCUUAACCACCAAGCUACAUCUCCACUACAUAACUUCAUUCAGUGAUUGAUGCACAAUACUUGUCAGGUGGUCAAUCCAAAGGGUAUCUUCAGCAAUCUGCAGUCAUGUGAUCGUUUGUUGAAGGGAAAUGAUCAAAUGACUAGUAAUGCACAUCAUGCCACUGAAUGAAGCUGAACAGCUAAAGCUAUGUAUAUGUUCAGCUUAAAUCAAGACUCGGAAAUAACAAUUUCAUUACCGACAUUUGAUUGUAUGCAAAUCCUAUGUAUCUUGUACGUAAUGUUUGUUACACUAUUUGAGUUAGAAAGGUAAUUAAAAUCUUCAGGCAAUUUGUUUUAAAGGAAUCUCAUAGCUCACCUAUGACCAAUCAUAUUUUUUGUUGUCUUGCAUUAAUAUAUGCAUGAAAAUGUAAGGUCUCUAGAUGAUUGGUAUGGACGUUCUAGUUCUGAGUUUAACACUAUCAGUUAUCAUCAUAUGUACGUUAUGUCUGUGACAAUGGCAACAAGUUGUAAAGGUGAACAGAUUUAAUGUAAUGCAAAAGAUGUUCAAAUUUUGUGGACUGUGCUUUGAUAAGAUAUCAUAAGGACAUUUACCAAUGUUAAGAAUAUGUCAAAAUAUAAAUUAAUUGUCAUCACUUUA